GGAGCCGGUCAAGUCUCCCUCUCAACAGGCCUCACCAUCGCAUGGCCAGGCAGGCUACCAUCGAAUUUGGUUGCAUCCAGCCCAGUCAAGUCCCCCUGAUCAAUCACCAUCCUAUCCCGGCAAACCUGCAUAAAGUAUCAGACGCCUGCAGCCGCGACCAACCGAAGCAACGCGAACACCUGUCGGUCACCAUGUCCGUCGCCUGCGCGCACUCGUUCCAGAUGAUCAAGUCGGAGACGACGCUGGUACAAUGGCUGUGCCAUUUCUGCCGCUCCGGGCCCCAUUGGGCCAUCUUUGAGUGUUCCUACUGCAAGCUACAGCUGUGUCGCGCAUGCACGAAAUCGGCCUGAGAGACAUGGAGUCCGUUUGGCCAUCCAGUCACAAUUU